AUGAAGGCGCCUGAGACCCUUAUUUCCGGCGGCGUCGGGGCUGAACUGGAGGAUCCUCGCCGCCAGGAGCUAAUUGACAGGCUGGACCGAGCGCGAAGGGCACGUUUGGCGAAGAACCCCUCAGUGCAGACUGCGCUCAGGGAGUUUGGGCCGCCUUGUGGCUCUGUCCCGUUGACAGGCCAGAAGAUUGUCUGCAAUGACAUAAUCAAGCCAUGGUUAACAGCUGCAGCCGGUGCCGACUCCGUAUUAUCUAUGUCAGCUGACGAAGAAGCUCUCUAA